AUGGAGGUGAUCAACUGGCCCAAAGCUAUCACUUUUCUCAGCGAGGCACAAGCUUUUGCGAGAGAAUUCUGGCCAGAACUACCAGUAUACACCUCUCUCGAAUCCGCCAAUGGUCACAUGGAUGCCAUCAACAACGUCAUCAAGGAUCUUAGCAUCUCCUAUGAUGAAAUAUUUGGCUCUACUGCAAAAACAAUACCACAUCGUACAAUGGCGCGUAGUGAUCUAUAUCUUGCAAACAAAAAUCGCAAAGAUAUUCAAACUGGUAUCGAUAACUGCAAACGUCAUAAUGUGCAGUUAGGUGACGAACACAAAGUGCUUCUAGCCAAACACGAAUCACUACAAAUCGAUCACAAACAACUAACAGAUCGUCUAACAGAAGCCCAAUCACAUCUCUCGAGCAAUCCGAGAAGUCUACCGAUAAUUACUCUGCUCUUCAACUCGAGCUUGAUACUACUCGUAUUGAAUUACAAUAGGCCUUGGACAGAAUCGCCAAACUUAAAAGCUCCGGUGGGACUGCAACUCGACUCAAUGGCCAGCACAAACCCACUCACGCCUCUGACGCAACCCGCCUGGGCCCACGACAACCCCUCACUGCGCUUCCCAUAG